CAGGAAGUAACUGAGCUCUUUAACUGUCGGCAGGUAAAUGAUUCGGUUGUGGCUCUGCGGCACUAAAACUACCCGGGUUAAACUGUCGGUUUUAUCUCGUAGAAACAUGUCGGUACCGUCCGGUGGGAGUGACGGUAACAGCAACCGGUCUAUUCACUCGGACAGUGUCUCGGAGGUACACAACAUCCCGAUGCGCGUCAUCAUCCGACCCAUCCCUCCGCAGCUGGACGAGCAGAAGGUCCAGAGUCUGGUGGAGACCCUACAGCAGACGGCAGACCUCAGCGUUGUUCCUCCCAUCGACGUGCUGUGGAUCAGAGGCAGGGAGGGGGGGGACUACUUUUACUCGUUCGGAGGCUGUCACCGUUUUGCUGCCUAUCAGAGGCUGAAGCUGGACACCAUCCCCGCAAAACUCAUCAAAUCCAACGUCUCUGACCUCAGCACCUACCUGGGAGCCUCCACACCUGACCUGAGAUGACCUGAGAGGGAAAGAGUACACACAUCCUUUACUCAAGUAGAAGUAAAGAUACUCGUGUUUAAAAUACUCUGGUGAAAGUAGAAU